AUGGCGCCCGGGCUCCUGAGCGCGGCGCUGCUGUUCGUGGGGGGCGCUGUCCUGUACACAGAGCAGCCCUCGUUCUCAGAAAGGGAGCCCUCACGGGCGCAGGCUGCAGAUGCCGGGUGGCUGGAGGCCAGGCGUGGGGGGCUCAGGCCGCAGCGGGGGCACUCCGUGCAGGAGCAGAAGAGGCCGGACGCAAAGGGCAGUAUCCGUUCAUUCCUUUCCUCGGACCACAGCCUCCCCUGCCUGUCCCCCGCUUCUAGAUGUCUGAUGCUGAGUCCCUCCUUUUCCGUUGUUCCAACUGCCUUUAAAAAUUUACAGACCUAUUGCGGAAGGGCACCACUUGCGGAUAUGUUGAAAGGGUCUCGGAUUAUCGGGGGCACGGACGCGCAGGUUGGCGCGUGGCCGUGGGUAGUCAGCCUGCAGAUUCAGUCGGGGAGAAUCCUUACUCAUGUGUGUGGGGGGAGCCUAGUGAAAGACGGUUGGGUCCUCACGGCUGCCCACUGCACCAGGGACACUAGAGAUCCUUUACUGUGGAGAGUUGUGCUUGGAACUAACAAUAUAGCUGGGCGUCAUCCACACACCAAGAUUUUAAAAGUUAAAGCAAUCAUCAUCCAUCCAAACUUCGAUGUGCAAACUUACAUAAAUGAUAUUGCACUCUUUCAUUUAAAAAAAGAAGUGAGGUAUAAUAACUAUAUUCAGCCUAUCUGUCUACCUUUUGAUGUCUUCCAAAACCUGGAUCAAAACACAAAGUGUUUUAUAAGUGGCUGGGGAAGAACACAAGAAGAAGGUAAUGCUACAAGUACGUUGCAGGAAGCACAAGUGCAUUAUAUUUCUCGAAAUGUUUGUAGUUCUGAGAUGGGUUACGGGUCUGUAAUCCCUGUAACUUCAUUCUGUGCAGGUGACAAAGAUGGAGUCUUCGAUACUUGCAGGGGCGACAGUGGUGGACCACUAAUGUGCUACCUUCCAGAGCAGAGUCGGUUUUUUGUGAUGGGAGUUACCAGUUACGGGUAUGGCUGUGGCCGGAAGAAUUUCCCUGGUGUCUAUAGUGGGCCGUCCUUCUUCAAAACGUGGCUGACAGGUCACUUCGACAAGACAAUCAGUAAAGGCGUAUUUAAUAUAAAUAGUCCACUUGGACAUGUCCUCAUUGCCUUCUGUUCUGUUAUUUUACUAGCAACUCUGUAAAAAAAUUCUGAAGAACUUUUAUUUUUCAUCAUGUCCCUUUCCACGUUCUACAUAAUGAAAGUAAUUUAUUCUUUGGGCAAGUUAUUGCUCACUUUGAGUUCUCGGGUGCACAUUUUGGGGGGAAUGAAAGACUGACGUUUGAGAUGCGGAUUAUAAGUUUGGCACUGAAUCACACACGGCCGUGAUGUAUCCUGAUUGCUUUACUUAUAAUCAGUACUUCUCCUAGAGUUCAUAUGAAAUAUUCGGUUUAAAUAUAUAUACUUCAUGUAUGCACAUGCCAGACAAUAAAGAGUUGGUAAUUAAGACGGAAGCUGUUCUUACACGCACCACCCACGGGUGUGAACUCCGUGGGGGUACU